AUAGUUCAAUGUUUCAUUCAGAAAAUAUGCAUGAACAAAUUGUGAAAUUCAAACCAAAAGGGGUAAGACAAUGGAACAAAAAUAUAUUUCCUUUACUUCGUAUGUAAAUUCAAACACAACACAAUCCUUCAGUUUCAAUUUUUCAUCUUUUUUUUUUAUUGUUGUGCAAUUUUCACAAUUCCCAGUACCCUUUUCAAUGGAGUCCUUGAUUUCUCUCGAGGGUCACAUUCAAGCCUUCCCUUCAUUCUCAUCCAAACCCAGAACCACGAUUCCUCCAACUCAAUUGAAUACUUAUAGAGAAAACUCCCUUUUUAGUUUUUCUCUUCGAGCACAGGUGAACCCUAAUGAAGGUUCAACUACAAUAGCCACCUCCAGUGAAUCUAGUGAAUCUGUGGUUGAAGCUCUCAAAGUUAAGGAAUGGGAAGUAGGAAUGUUUCAAAAUGAGGUUGCUGCUAACCAAGGUAUAAGAAUAAGAAGAGCACCACCAACUGGACCUCCUUCUCAUUACGAAGGACCUUUUCAAUUCCGGUUGCAGAUCGAGGAAAACACCCCGCGUAACAUCUUGGAAGAGAUCGUGUGGAACAAGGACAAAGAAGUUGCACAGCUAAAAGAAAGAAAACCUCUUGGUUUGGUUAAGAAGGCUGUUGAAAAUGCACCUCCUGUUCGAGAUUUUAUCGGAGCUCUAAGGGCGGCAAAUGGACGAACUGGAUUGCCUGGAUUGAUCGCCGAAGUGAAAAAGGCUUCACCGAGUAGAGGCAUUUUGAGAGAAAACUUUGAUCCAGUUGAAAUUGCUCGAUCUUAUGAGAAAGGCGGAGCAGCAUGUCUAAGUGUUUUGACAGACGAAAAGUACUUUAAGGGAAGCUUUGAAAAUCUCGAGUUAAUAAGAAAUGCUGGAGUAAAGUGCCCUUUGUUGUGCAAAGAAUUCAUCAUAGAUGCUUGGCAACUCUACUAUGCUCGUUCUAAAGGGGCAGAUGCAGUCCUUCUAAUUGCCGCUGUUUUACCUGAUCUUGACAUCGAGUAUAUGGUUAAGACAUGCAAAUUACUCGGACUGGCCGCUCUUGUUGAGGUGCACGAUGAGAGGGAGUUUGACCGUGUUCUUGGAAUAGAGGGCGUUGAGCUUAUCGGCAUCAACAACCGCAAUCUUGAAACAUUUGAGUUAGAUAUCAGCACCACGAAGAAGCUUCUCGAAGGGGAGCGCGGAAAAAUAAUCCGCGAGAGAAACAUAAUUAUGGUAGGGGAAUCUGGUUUGUUCACUCCUGAAGAUAUUGCCUAUGUACAAGAAGCAGGAGUUAGAGCUGUUUUGGUGGGAGAGUCUAUUGUGAAACAGAAUGAUCCAGGAAAGGGAAUUAGCAAUCUCUUUGGCAAAGAUAUAUCAGUUUGAGUUGACAGAUUUACAUAGCAGAUUAAGUGGCUGUUUGGAACAUCUUUUAGUUAUCGCAUUCCAUGAUUUCUGAGAAUAUGUUCGUUGUCAACGUGAUUUUCGCUGUUUCCAAACACAGACUUAUCGUUUUGUGUUUUCUGUAAUUGGUUGUACUAAGUUAUAAUCAAAAUUUUGUCAGCUGCAAACAUAUACCAAGAAAUCUUUUCAUUUGACAGUUUUUCAUUACAGAUUAUAAUAAGAUUCUUCAUUUGAUUC